UGACCCUCGAACGCACAGCCAGUCUGGCGAGGGAGCUUUUCAGAUCAACAUCGAUCCCAACAAGCCUGUAAUAAAGAACCAUGUCAAAUCCAAAUGCAGUCGUGGAGCAGCAGUUGGUUGCUGCCACACAGAUCAUAGAAAGACAGUUGGAUGCUGAGAUUGAAAGAUUGGACAAUCUUGAUGCUGAAGAUUUGGAUGCCAUCAGAAGAGACAGGCUAGCUGCCAUGAAAAAGAGACAACAGAAGAAACAAGAUUGGAUAGCAAAUGGUCAUGGAGAAUAUACUGAACUUACAGAAGAAAAGGAAUUCUUUGAAACUACCAAGAAAUCAGAGAAUGUUGUUUGUCAUUUCUACCGGGACCAGUUUAUGCGAUGCAAAAUUGUUGACAAACACUUGAAUAUCCUUGCAAAAAAACAUAUAGAGACCAAGUUCUGCAAGAUAAAUGUUGAAAAAGCACCAUUCCUGACUGAGAGACUUAAGAUUCGUGUCCUGCCUACCUUAUGCUUGGUGAAGGAUGGCAAGACAAAGGACUAUGUUGUGGGAUUCACUGACUUAGGCAACAAAGAUGAAUUCACAACCGAGGUGAUGGAGUGGAGGAUUGCACGUGCCGAUGUCAUAGAAUACAGCGGUGACCUCAUGACCUUCCCCGGUACUGGACCCAGUGGCGGCCAGCGGAUGAAUGUGCAAAAGAAGACCAUCCGAGGAGGCAGAAGAGGAGACAGUGAUGACAGUGAUGAUUCAGAUUGAUGAAGUAGAAUAAGAGAUGCAAUUAGAAUAAAUGUGACUUCAGGAAACUUUAUGGAAAUUAAAAGUGCAUGGUCUAAUACAGAAGGUUAUUAAUUUUAACCAUAAUUUUAAACUUAUUUUUGAGCUUCAGCUUUUCAUAUAAUUCAUAAGGUUUCAGAAAGACUGGAUAUUCUGUAUUCCACACAGAAAAUGCAUUUAGUAAAGAAAGUGCAGUGUCUGUAUUGUGUCUUGAUAACAUUCCUUUUUUCUGGAAACACACACACACACACAUACAUGAUUGGAGAGCUAUAUUUGUUUUAAUAUAUACCUGAAUAGGUUACUGAACAGAUACUCAUAUUAAUUAUAUUCAAUAUCUAGUUUUGCUUUGAUAUAUUUGUACAUGACUUUGUUUUAUAUUAAACUUAACUAUGAAGGAAACUUGUAAGGUAGUGGUGGUGAAAGUAUUUCAUGUUAUAUGUUAUGCGUAUCUUUACUUUGGUCACACAAGUAAGAUUGGAUCAUUAGUGAGCAGCAAGUAUGAAUGAAAAGAGGUUCCAAGGCACAAAAGAUAGUUUUGUGUGAUACUGAUAGCUAAAAUAUGAUCUGUAUUGCCAGCUUUACUACUUUAUAGAGAAUUUGGAUUUAUAUUGCAUAUAUUUAAACAGGAUAUUAGCCUGUCCCUCUUUGUAGCGCACUGUUGAUACAUCUAUAAACACCUCUAAGAUACA